CACCAGUUAAGCUCGCGCAGUCGAAAGCGGAGGUCACGCCCGACGGCCAUCCACACGACGCGAUUUCUACUCGAGACACAGGUUUUCAAGCAUCACUGAGCUUGCCCGAUCCGCUGCUUCUGAGGACAGCAACUGAUUGGUGAUGGGGAAUCCGCAGUUGUCUUUUGACAGAAUUGUCUGCUUUUCGUGCUUGGAAAGUUCGGCGUAUUUUCUUUAAAAAACCAAACAACCAACCAGCUUUUUAGACAGAAGGGUGGGAGAGGUGAGCUUGUUGACCGAAGAUAAUGUGAGAGGGAGUCGUCGCCGCUUAAUGGGCCCAGGGAAUCAAGGAUGGGUCAUGACGACGAUGUCGCUGCCGGAAAAUAUGGCUCCCCUUUGAAACAUGACAAGAAUUUCAAAGGCCCGUGCAAGAAUAGGUCUUGCACCGAUGUGAUUUUUCUCGCUAUCUUCAUAGCAUUUCUUAUACUAUGGGGCGGGGUAGCGUAUUUUGGUUUUUUGAAAGGGAAUCCCGAGAAUCUCUUGAUCACUGUUGAUUCAAAUGGAAAGAAGUGCGGAGUAGACUCGGAAGUCUUAGACAAGCCUUAUCUAUUUUUCUUCGACCUUUCAAAAUGUGCGACACCAAGUAUCCUACUAAGCGGUUGCAACACUGUUCAGAUGUGUGUGAAAGAAUGCCCACAGCAAAAUUGGGCUUUCCUGCCUUACAAAAUUACCCCGAUGCUCUUCAACCCUUCAAACAUCCAGAAGGAUGUCAUAUGCACCGAUGAUGUUGACAAGUCGUCAAUCAAGACCUUAAAUCAGCUUGAGAAGCUAAUCAACGAUGAGAAGUGCGCCAAUUGGUAUAUCUCGAGCAAGCCAGUUUUGGGACGGUGCAUCAGCCUGUUUGGCAAUUUUUCGGGCUUCCCUAUGGAAAGUGAAAUCCAGGCUGUUUCCGAUUCUUCCGUACAGAUAGCCGACCCCUUGUGGGACUCCUACACCGAAGGCUAUAAGUUUCACAAGACUGGAAGGCACUUGUUGGACGACUUGAUGCGAUCGUGGAAAGUGAUCAUUUUAGCUCUGGUGAUCUCAGUUCUUGUAAGCCUUUUGUAUAUAUCUCUUCUCCGUUGGAUCGCUGGCAUCAUUAUCUGGGUUACGCUGAUCGGUGUGGUGGCGCUUCUCAUAACAUGUUGCAUAUUUUCUUGGAGGCGUUAUAUGUUCUUGAAAGACAGCAAACCGAUUGACACCAAGGCAAAGAUGUUGGAGGGUCAGUUUGAAGAGCUUCUAAAGAGCAAAGAUCUAUUCUUUUGGCUGACUGUUGUUGUCGCUGUAUUCACUCUCAUUAUCCUCCUUUUAAUUAUAUUUUUAAGAAAAAGGAUCCAAAUUGCAAUCUCAUUAAUCCAAGAAGGCAGCAAGGCUGUGAGCAACGUUAUAUCAUCUCUAUUUUUUCCAAUAAUACCGUGGUUCUUUCAAGUAUGUGUUGGGUUAUGGGUUAUUUUUGUAUGGGCGUGCCUGCAAUCGGUCGGCGAGAAAGUUUUCAAAGUGAACGGCUUCGACGGAAGCCAUUGUAGAUGUGGAGGAGCAUACGAGAAGAUCAAAAACGGCGAUUUGUGUGUUCCGGAUGAGUUCAGCAAUCUGUGCAUAGAUUUGAUGACGGGUUUUAACUGCACGACGGCAUCUUGCGAUUACUUUAAGACGCAACCGCCUUCUUAUAUGAUCUUUCUCCAUAUGUUCAAUGUCUUCGGCUUCUUCUGGGGUUUUUGGUUCCUUUCCGGCCUGUCGGAUAUGAUCCUGGCUGGAACUUUCGCUAAAUGGUACUGGACUUUUAACAAAAAAGACGUACCAUUUUUUACUGUCACUGGUGCUGCACUUACAACCGUGAGAUAUCACUUAGGUACAAUAGCUUUUGGUUCGCUUAUUAUCGCAAUUUGCUCAUUCAUAAGGGCGACAAUUGAAUACGUUCAGAAGAAAACCAAAGCUUAUGAUAAUCCGGUUGUAAAGGCUAUUUUAUGCUGCUGCAGAUGCUUUUUUUGGUGUCUGGAAAAGUUCCUGCGCUUUAUAAACCGCAAUGCGUAUAUCAUGUGUGCCAUACAUGGGCGCAAUUUUUGCCAUUCAGCUCUUGAAGCUUUCAACCUACUCAUGCGUAAUAUCAUCCGUGUUGUAGUCUUAGAUAAGGUGACAGACUUUCUGUUUUUUAUUGGUAAGCUUGUCAUAACAGGUUCUGUCGUCGCAAUAGCUUACUUACUGUUCUUCAUGAACAAUCCUCAAAAUCUAUACUUCAAAGGUGCAGUCCCGUUGUCCCUUAUAGCUAUUGGGGCAUAUUUUAUUUCUUCGAUAUUCUUUGGAGUGUAUGCCAUGGCAGUGGACACCCUUUUCCUAUGUUUCUUGGAAGACUGUGAGCGUAACGACGGCUCAAUUGAUAAACCAUAUUUCAUGUCCAAAAACCUAAUGCAAAUACUUGGGAAAAGAAAUAAAAAACAAUCGUGAUUUAUUUAUUUUUAAAUGUGUAAAUAUUGUUACAUACAUGCCAAAGUUUUUAUAUAACCUUUUCAACUGUGUCUCGUUUUAUAAGCAGGGACGUAUUUGUAUAAAAAUGUAGUGAAAUAAAUUUUAUAUAUAUGUAAAUGAGAUUAAAAGUUUAAAUAAAAGUUGUAUAAAGUC